CUUUACCUCUGCAGGCCAGUCUGCCAUAAUACAAAGGAUGAAUAUGAAAUAAAAAAGCUCAUGGCCUCAGUUAAAAGUAUGGUUAAUGAUUUGUGAUGCUGUGGGCAUGGGGGCAUUUUACAUUGUGCACAUCUUUACUUGAUGUCCUAAUGGCUGGGGACCCUGCAUAGAAACUCUAUUGAUGUGAUCAGGAUUUUAGUUGUUUUUGCAACAGAUUCGUUUUUCUGAAUUACUUUUUACCAUGUUUGUAGUUAAGGUUAGCCUAAAAGCCUGUGUCUAAGCCCCAGUUGCCUUCUGAUCACUGCUGCACAAUAAUUUAGUUCUUCACGGUUUUCUUUCAUCAUAAAAGUAAAUAAAGUCCAUUUUUUUUUGUUUCUUUUUUGGAAAAGCUGUGCAUCUUUCCAUCAGUGUGGGUGUGUGAUACACGUUUCCCUGACCAAUCACAGCUCCGUCCCAACAAGGGACGCAUCUAUAAACUGACUUUGGGUUUAAGGAUGCUGGGGAAGAAAAAGAACAGGCAGACAGAGGACGAGAGCUGACUGAGUCCUGAAACUGCAGCUGGACGAAACGAAGCUAAAGAUGAAAACAUUCAUCGUUCUGGUUCUCUGCUCCUUGGCAGUCUAUGUGACUUCAGAUGCUGCCCCUGACCCCCAGCCUGCUGGGGAUGCCCCACAUCUGGAGGAGGGAUUGUUUGUGGAGAAGGACGAGGCCUCCGCUGUGGUGAGACAGAAGAGGGCUGCUGGACAUCUAUCCCUGGCUCAGCUAGAGAGUCUGAAAGAAGUGUGUGAGGCCAACAUGGCUUGUGAGCACAUGAUGGACACAAACGGGAUCAUCGCCGCCUACACUGCCUACUAUGGACCAAUCCCCUACUAGAAGCAUCAUGGCAACAAACUGACCGCUCAGCAAAAACUGGCCAUAUUACGAUUGAUGUUUCAGCUGUUUUUCCCCAUGUGUCUGGACUUAAAGUUGCUAAAUGAGUGAUAACUGAAAAGGCUUGCAAAGAUCAAAUUACUCUCUGCCUGUAGAUUAGUGUGAGAAAAUAAGGAUAAAUAAUAAAGAAAGUUUCUUGUAGCUGAA